CGCAAUAGAGCGGUCACAUGGUAUUACCACAUGACCGUGACGUCACGAAGGUCCCUUCCGAGGAAAGGAACUAGCCGCUACCGUAAAUAAAGCCUCCACUACACAUCCAGACUGUACAGUUUAUGGCCUUUGAACGCCCGGGCAGCACUAAAAGGACCCCAUGUCUUUUCUUCGCUGGGUGUCAGACAAGAUCCUGGUUGAUGGUUUGAGAGAGCUGGAGUUUUUUGGAGACUCGCAUUUAGGGGACUCUCAAAGGAAAACCAAUGAAGCAGCGAGUGUUGAAUCCGUAGCAUCCUCCCAUGGUCCCAACACUAUGGGGAUCUACACCCCGGACAGCAGUUGUUAUGAACUGCUUACUGUGAUAGGUAGAGGAUUUGACGACUUGAUGACUGUAAAUUUAGCUCGUUACAGGCCAAAUGCAGAAUAUGUAUGUAUCAGGAGGGUGAAUUUGGAGUUCUGCACCAAUGACAUGGUUACCUUCCUGCAGACUGAGCUCCACGUGUCCAAGUUGUUCAACCACCCCAAUAUACUUCCCUACAGAGCCACAUUUAUAACUGACAAUGAGCUUUGGGUGGUUACUCCCUUUAUGGCUUAUGGUUCAGCCAAAGAUCUAAUCUGUACUCACUUUACAGAUGGGUUGAGUGAGCUGGCGAUCGCAUACAUUCUUGUAGGAGUUCUAAAAGCUUUGAAUUAUAUCCAUCAUAUGGGAUACGUUCAUAGGAGUGUGAAGGCAAGUCACAUCCUCAUUUCUCUGGAUGGCAAGGUUUACCUCUCUGGCCUACGCAGCAUCCACAGUAUGAUAAACCAUGGGCAGCGCCUUAAGAUGAUACAUGACUUUCCCAAGCACAGUGCCAGGGUCCUUCCCUGGCUGAGCCCAGAGGUCCUCCAGCAGAACUUACAGGGGUAUGACGCUAAAUCAGAUAUCUACAGUGUGGGAAUCACAGCAUGUGAGCUUGCCAAUGGCCAUGUACCGUUUAAAGAUAUGCCAGCCACUCAGAUGCUGCUGGAAAAGUUGAACGGCACAGUCCCCUGCCUGCUGGACACAGCCACCAUUCCAGCCUCCGAGCUUACUAUGAAAACAUCUCGUUCUGGAGCAGACUCUGGCAUUGGAGAGGGGACGUCCAGUCGUCCUUCCAAUGGGGAGCCAUCUAUGCACCCUUAUAACCGCAGCUUUUCGCCGCAAUUCCACAGUUUGGUGGAGCAGUGUCUACAGAGAAACCCUGAGCUGAGGCCGAGUGCAGGUACCCUCCUCAAUCAUUCCUUCUUCAAACAGAUAAAACGCAGAGCAUGUGAUGCCCUCCCAGAACUGCUUUGUCCUGUCUCGCCAAUCACCAGCUUUGAAUCAGCAAGAACACUGAAUCCCCAGUCGGUUUUGGAAGUGGCAUCUGGGUUGGAGCAACUAGCUGUAGAGGACUGGGACUUUUAGGGUAAAAAGGAGGAAUUCAGAUCCUGUUCAUGUUUACACUGCACGUAUCCCAAGCGGUUCAUUGGGAAUGAGUGCAAGGGGGGGUUAACCCUUUCACUUACACUGCUUAGGAGUUUGUACAGCACCAUUGUUUAUGGUGAAAACUCUUCAGCACUAGAACUCACGUCUUUGUACAUUUCUUUCCCAUUGCCUGUGCUUGAUGACUGGUGUAUUUAAUUCCCCUGUUUUUGUAUGCUGAAACUGUUUGUUCAACAGCAGCCCUCACUCAACACAAUUUGUUUAUUUUCUGGAAUCUGGAUGUUUGCGUCAGAACCUCUCAUGCUGGUUAUGUGUUAAUAAUAAGGCAAUUUAUUUGCAACGUUGCAUGUUUCUCUCCAGCUGUUCCUAAACAGGGAUCAGGGCCAGAGAUAAAGAGCAAUGCAGUAAGGCCACCAGCUAAGCAUAUUUUUAGACCAGUGGGGCCUAAGGCAUAUGCUGUCUCUGCCCUAAACCUGGUUCUGAUUGGAAGCUGGAGUUCUGUGAAUUAAACAGAAGUUACCAUUCAUUUAUUGAUAUGCUUGGGGUCUCUGGGCAAAGCAGACCAUCCAAGUGCUUGACUUGAAAACCAGUGACUUACCUUAUGUUUUUUUCAGGCUAUCACGUCUGACUAGUUGAUAAUAAGUUUAGAAUUGACUAUUCAAGUUUGCAUCAACUUUGUAUUUUAAUAUACCUGAUUUCCAUUCAUAUUUUAAACUGACAUGUGAUGUUCACAUUGCAUGAAAGUAUGACACUUUAUAAAGCUGUGUUGCCCUUUUGUCUCUCAUUUGAUCCCAUUUUUCUUUCCCAGCUGAGCCUUCUGUUGCCCACUUCAAUACCUUCCUGCCCCGUCCACUUUUUAAAACCCUCUCCAACGUGGUGCUGCUGCUCAUGCAACCUUAUGCAGUGCUCCUUCUGCCCUGGAUAGUGAUGUCAUAUGUGGAUAAAGUAGGUUAAUUGGAUAUUUGAACUAACAUUAUGGGUGCAUAUGAUGGCAGCAGAAAUGGUAAGCCCAUGAUUGAAAAUAGAGCACCAUGUCUAGUCUCCAAUGGAAAAAGAAGAGAUUGCAGUCUAUUCCUGUCUUAGGUAAAUCUCCCUUCCCUGUAGAGUGAGGUGUCUAGCUGGCAGCAGCACUGACAGGUCAGUCUUAUGUUAUAAGCUGGAGAUACUCUGUUACACACAUUUUGUUGCCAAAGGAAUAAAUUUUAAAUAUUUCACUACA